AUGGGGGCCUCGGAGUCGAAGCUUGUCUUCAAACAAGGCAUCUUCCGCCUGUCGGAGGAGAAGGAGAUCCCCGCAGAUGACCCCUACUGGACACGAUUCUGGGAACUUCCCGAAUCUACAGAAGACGUCUUCAGCUUGUUUACGCCGGCUGACAUCCGCCGCACGCGCGAUCAUGCCUUAUCCAACUUCGAAACACUAUUAUUAUCAGUCUCAUCUAGACUGAUAGUCCUCAAGAACCAUCCCUCGUUUCCGGACCCAGACCUUGCACCCGAGCGCGAUGUGCUCAACUGUGUCCGAAUCCUCACUCGGCUGCUCCCCUUUGUCUACGAAGCCGAACACCUGGAGGACUGGGAAGAGAAGUUCUUCUGGGCGCGUCGCAAGAAGAAGACUAGACAGGCACAGAUUGCUGGGGAAGUUCUGUUCGAUGAAGCACAGUCGGACCCGCGGGAUGGGCAGUCCCCGCGCGCCGAAGAAUAUGAGGAUGUGAAGCCUCUUGCGGAGGAGCUGAUCGAUACACUGCUUGACCUUCUCUUCUUUGCCGACUUUACUAUCCCGGUUCUCCCGACUGCGAAGAGCAAGAUUUCAUACUCGAUCUGGCAGAGCGGUGUUGGUUGUAACACUGCAAUGGGAUCCAGCAAGACCCUGGAGCAUAACCGGUGUGAGGUUCUACGACUACUAUUGACGAUGACGGGCAAGGCAAUGUACCUUCCAUCGAACACACUCCCUGUACAAGGUGUCAAGGCAAUCACCUAUAUCACCACUUGCCAAGAUAAGCAAUCUGUGCUGACGCUAUUGUGUUCUCUUCUGAACACGGCCAUGAAAUAUAACCCUGCAGCAUGGCGCGUCCCCUACGACCAUGUCGUAUGGAAAGAUCCCAAGCAAAUCCUGGUGAUUUACUGCUUGCAGCUCCUCCUUGUUCUGCUCCUGUAUCCUAUUCCAGAGGAUGGGCGCGGGGCGCCACCAAAGAAUUACUAUCGGCAUUACUUCGGAAGGUUGCACAGACCCCAGGACUUCCAAUUCCUUGUGGAUGGUAUGACGAGGAUUCUGAACCAGCCUAUGCAAGUCACGACUUCAUAUCUCCCCGGAAGCCAGAGAUCCGUGAAAUGGGCCCCAGAGAUGUUGAUCCUGUUCUGGGAGACCCUUCAAUGCAACAAGCGGUUCCGAUCAUUCAUCAUCGACUCCAAUCGCUCACAUGACUUUUUGAUUCUGUGCAUCUUCUAUGCUAUGGAAUACAGGACCGAGCCAUCUAAACAAGGAAUCGUGCGACUCUGCAUCUUCAUUCUUCAGACGAUGAGUGCCGAGCCGAAUUUCGGAAAGAGCCUGAAUAUGAAGUUUGAGGCACAGGAAACUCUGCCGCAGUCAAUCCGGCUUCUCAAAUUCCGUGGCAGUUAUGCCGACUAUCUCAUCAUGUCAAUUCAAACCCUCAUGACUACUAGCAAAGGAAACCUGGAUACAGUCUACCCUGCGCUCCUCAUUAUCCUCACCAAUGUUGCCCCUCAUAUCAAACAUAUCUCCCCGAGCGCCUGUUCCAAGGUCAUUCAACUUUUCUCCUCAAUGUCGGCGCCGAGCUUCCUACUGGCCAAUGAGACAAACCACACUCUUCUCGCAUCCUUGCUCGAUGUCAUCAAUGCGGUCCUUGAGCAUGGCUUCACAGAAAAUCCAUACCUUGUCUACGCAGUCCUGAAAUACAAGGAUCGAUUCGAAGCCGUCCGAGCAUUCACCCUCGAAAGUGGGCAGCAGGAAAUCGAGCGCCAAAGAGAGAAGCGCAAAGCUGGAGAUGCUCCUGGUGACUUUAUUGCCAGUCCCACGCUUUCUCACUCCGAGGAAGAUCUUCAUGCUCCCUCUGGCACCAGAUCACCUCUGACACGCAUCCCCGAAGAGAAUAGCGCGUUUGCUAUUGGAGAUGACGAUUCUGAUGAUGAGGCGGAAGAAGGAGGUCAACGUACACCCUCUCAGUCUUCGCCGUCCGCUCAGACAUCACGCAGACCCUCGUUUGCGUCGACAGUUGACGAUACUUUCUCUCAGAUCAGGGGCAUCUCCGAGAAGGCACGCGGUAAACUACCAGCCGGGCGGCCGUCUUUCUCGCGACAGAACAGCAUGACCAGCCAGACCAGUAUGUCUGCUUUGUUCUCCGCAACAUCUUGUGGUUUCACACCGACCGUGGCUUGGCUUGAGUCGUGGUUGCCGGAGCUCCCUCUACAUACUAUUUUAACUCUCAUCUCCGCUAUUGCGCCUCACAUCCCCGACGCAGCACUUCAAGCUACAUCUAGCCCAGAGGCCCGUACCCUGAUCCACAAUCUGCCAUCCUUCGCCGAGGAGCCCCAAGUCACCAGCAUCAUUGCGGAGCCUACGCCUGUACGUGCACAAUCUUUCGAGUGGUCAGCCCUAUCCAUGGGCUGGUACGAAUCGCUCCUCUGGAGCUUCAUCUUCUCCAGCGAAAUGGUCGUUGGUUCUGCCGCGGGCGCUACCCCGGGCACUGUUGGUGUAUGGAAUGGUACUGCUAUUCGACUCUUCCGAGUUCAAGAAGCGGCCGCUCAAGGCCCUACCUUGCUUGCCCCGAAGGGCGCCGUAGAUGCUGUUGGCAGCAACUUGGUCCAACGCAUUGGAAAUCUCAGUCUCCGGGGCCGCAACUCAGUGUCCCAGGAGUCUCCGAGUGGUGCUUCUCCAAGCGUAAGGGAAGUUUGA